AGUCAUCGAUUAUUAAUUGAAAUGCCAUUCAAUGCAUAAUUGAGUUUUAAAUUGAAUAUCAUUUGAUAUAUUCAAUCAAUUAAUUAAACUUAAAAUAUCUGAAUAUUAUAUGAAAUAAUGUGUGAAACGACACGCAUUGCAGACAUAACUCAUGUUAUCUUUGAUUUGGACGGACUAUUGAUAGACACGGAACGGGUCUAUACAGUGACCACCAAUAAUAUUACCCGAAAAUAUGGCAAAGAGUUUACUUGGGAUCUGAAGACAAAGUGUAUGGGUUUGCCUCCCAUUCAAAGCAAUACACUUGUGGUCACAGAACUCAAUCUUCCUCUAAGUGUCGAUCAAUUCACUCAAAUGAUGAACGAAGAGUUUGCAGAAGCUGUCAAAGAUGUUGAUUUGAUGCCAGGAGUGAUGCAAUUGAUAACUCAUUUGCAUCGACACAACAUUCCGAUGGCUUUGGCCACCGGUUCCAACACCGAACAGUUUGCAACAAAAACUGCCAAAUUUGACAAUUUGUUCAAAGAUAACAAAUAUUUCAGUCAUCGCGUGUUAUCAGACGAUCUCAAAGUCAAGAAAGGAAAACCAUUUCCCGAUAUCUUUAUCGAAGCCAUGAAUCGCUUCAAUCCGGUUCCCAAACCAGACAAUUGUUUGGUCUUUGAGGACGCGGUCAACGGUAUUACGGCUGCAAUUGCAGCAAAUAUGCCGUGUGUUUGGGUUCCCGACGCCAGGACUGACACGAGUCGACUCAAGGCAUCACUUGUUAUUCAAAGUCUUGAAGAUUUUAAACCUGAAAUCUUUGGUUUACCACCAUUUUAGUCAAUAAACCAUUGAUUCAGUGCUAUUGAAUCAAACAAUUUUUUAUUAAAUUUACUUUUAUUAGUAUAAUAUUUGUCAUAUUUUUACAAAUAAAUAAUAAAAUAAUUGAUAUAUUUAAGU